ACGUGGGGUUGUCCAUCAUCUUCUUCACAAAGAACUCCAAAAGCAAUCCCCCGAACCAGAAAACCCUAGCCCACCCAAAGCAAUCGCCAUGGAACCACAAUCGCCGACUCCGCCGAAGAGCUGGAGCAUCCACACGCGGAAGGAGAUCAUCACCAAUUACGAGAUCCUCGAGCGAGUGGGCUCCGGCGCCUACGCCGACGUCUACAGAGCCCGCCGGCGAUCCGAUUCGGUGAUCGUCGCUCUCAAGGAGGUCCACGACUACCAAUCGGCAUUCCGCGAGAUCGACGCCCUCCAAGCCCUCAAAAACUCCCCCAACGUCAUCGUCCUGCACGAGUACUUCUGGCGGGAGGACGAGGACGCCGUGCUGGUGCUCGAGUUCCUCCCCACCGACCUCGCCUCCGUUGUCAGCGAGGCCAAGAAGGACGGCGGCAUCUCCGCCGGCGAGAUCAAGCGGUGGAUCAUCCAGAUUCUCUCCGGAGUCGACGCCUGCCAUCGCAAUUCCAUCGUCCAUCGCGAUUUGAAGCCCUCCAAUUUGCUCAUCUCCGCCGAUGGUGUUCUCAAGCUCGCCGAUUUCGGUCAGGCUAGGAUACUUCUGGAGCCUGGUUUUGUUAGCUUUGAGGAAAACCUACAGCCGCAUGAGCAGAAUGAUCCGGAUCCAAAUGUUGUUCAACCACUGCAUGGUAUUCUAGAAAGAGAGGUUCCAUGCAAUGUUGCUUCUGGGAAUGAGGAACAUGGAUCUUCUGGAAAAGAUGGGUGUUUUGAGCAGUUGGAUGAGCUCAAGACUAAAGAUGCCAUGAGUGAAAUUGAUUAUGAAACUCAUGAUGGAGAUACAUCCUGUCUUGCUACAUGCACGACAAGUGACAUAGAAGACGAUCCUUUCCAUGGUUCUUAUUCAUACGAGGCUCAGGAGGGUGGAGAUGGCAGGGAUGGUCCACUGACGUCCUGUGUUGGGACUCGGUGGUUCAGGGCGCCAGAGUUACUCUAUGGAUCCACAAAAUAUGGGGCUGAGAUUGACCUAUGGUCAUUGGGCUGCAUUUUCGCCGAACUUUUCAGUUUAGAACCGCUUUUCCCAGGCACUUCAGAUAUCGAUCAGCUGAGCAGGAUUUUCAGCGUCUUGGGCACCUUGUCAGAGGAGAUCUGGCCUGGUUGUGUGGAACUUCCUGACUACAAAAUAAUUUCAUUUUCCAAAGUAGAAAAUCCACUUGGCUUAGAAGCAUGCCUUCCCAACCGGUCCCCUGAUGAGAUCAACCUAGUCAAGAAACUUCUCUGUUUCGACCCAGCAGGCAGAGCUACUGCAAUGGAACUGCUCCAGGACAAGUAUCUAACCGAACCACCUCUACCGGUCCCAGUAUCCGAGCUACGAGUUCCUUCUUCGCGCACAGCUCGAGAUGAUGAGGAUUCGCCAGGUGAGUGGUGUGAUUACAGGCACAUGGAUUCAGAUUCUGAUUUUGAGGAUUUUGGCUCUGUGAAUGUUACAGCUACUGAUUCUGGCUUUUCAAUCCGGUUCCCUUGAAUGUUCAGUUGUUCAGUUUUGCCUGGCUGGCCUGUUUCUUAGUAGGCUUCAGUCAUUUUCUUGUAUGGUAAUGGUGAAGUUUUGCAUGCAAGAACCCUUGUUUGAUUUGUAAACCCCCCCGGUUUGAGCCGGGUUUUUAUAGUUAAUUGAGAUCUUCUCUUAAAUACUAUAUAUUGGAUUAUGAAAGCUUUCUUGGUAAGUUAAUUGAAAUAAAGUAUGAUUGUUGGAUGAUUUGUAUUA